CUUCUUCCUCUGGAAAAACCUUGCCGCCGCCCGCCAAGCCAAAAUCGCCGCCGCCCGCCAAGCCAAAAUCGUUAUGCCUCUCCCUCAAUCGCCGACAUCCGCUCUCUUCCUCUUUCUUCUCUUCUUCUGCGGGGGCAGGAGCUUCCUCUUUGGUGGCUUCUUCUCCUUCCACCUUGACGGUCUGCUCCGUCUCCUUUUCUUUCAAGGCCUCGGCGGCGGCGGGAGGGGCUUAUUCCUUCUCCUUCUUCUCUUUGGUCUCCUUGACCGACUGCCGGCGAUGGCCUCCGCCGCGGUGAGGAUGUGGAGCGGGUGCAGGUGGCGGGUUUGGCGGAGGACUUGGCGGCGGAAUAGGUAAGGGAGGUGGGAUGGGGGCGGUGCAUGCGGUGGGAAGGUGGGCUUGGGGGCGGUGCCGACGGUGGGAAGGGCCAAGAGGGUAGAUCCGACGAUGGGAGGUGGGCUUGGGGGCGGUGCCGAUGGUGGGAAGGGCGAAGAGUGUAGAUCUGCUUUUCUUCUUCCUCUAUUU